AUGAAAUUACUUCGACUAAAGGUGGAGAUUCACAGUUCACGUCGGCGACAUUUGUUAGCUGUGCACCAUCAACAACAUACACUGAACCAUUACCUUGGGAUAUUGUUGAUCCACAGUUUGAAUAAUGGUGGAUUUGAAAAGCUAUGGAAUGGUCAAAAUUCAAAUGUAAUUCCAAGUAUAUCUGCAAGUAUCAAAGCAACUAUCGAUCCUACAGAUAUACUCGUUGAUGCUGUUCAUAAUUUCCAUCCUAAUUAUCGUCAUUAUACUCAGACUCAAAUGGAUGAAGAUAGUUAA